AUGUGCAGUCCUUCCUCCUCCUUAAGGAUCCGCAUCCUUACGCUCGAUGUCCUCUCGGAAGACGCAGGUGAUUUUAGGCACGGCGGCCUGUACAUUGUGGCGCGCGUUGGCGGCGAGGCGCAGCGCACAUGCGCCCUCAGCGACGCCGAUGAGAGGUCGUGGAAUGAGGUAUUUGCGUUCCGAUUGGACGGCCGACCUCCGGCUGCGGCCGUUUCGCUUGCCGGCAGUGGUGGUGGUGGUCGUGGUGGCCUGAUGCCAUCAAGAGCACCGCCGCCUUUCAGCAGCACGCCGAUUAUGUGCGCCGUGCCAGACUACGGACGCGCGCCCCCACCACCCCCGCGUGGCAGCGGCGGCAGCAUCGCCAUGGACGCCUUCGCACCGCCGUGGCUCGGCACCCCGUACAGACUUCCCACCGUUGUGCUGGAGCUGUGGCGCAACUCCCCGAACUCCGACGACUGCCUCGCCAAGUAUCAGUUCUGCGUCCCGCUUGAGUGCGGCAGUGACGUUAUUGACAGACUCGUGUACCUCACAAGCGCCUCGUCGUACUCCGUGCAAUUCGCGCUGCGGGUCCGUGUGGCGCUGACGCAGCCGCAGUCACGCCCUGUGGGCCACCACACGUUCCCGCCCAAGAUGGUCCCGAUGGAGGCAGCUGCUCUCUGGAGGCCGUAA